AUGGAUGAGCAAGACUCAGCUGGCCCUGAAGCAGGAAGAGGCCCGGUCAUGGAAACGGGAAGCAGUGCAGGAUUCUGGGAAGGCUCUGGGCAGAAGAUCCUGGGAGAGGAGGACACCCUUCGCUCAGAGGUGCAGAGCCAACAAUUCGGGCAGUUCUGCUUCCAGGAGGCCAAAGGACCCCGUGAGGUUUGCAGCCGACUCCACCACCUUUGCCACCAGUGGCUGAAGCCAGAAAGGCACACGAAAGCUGAGAUGCUGGACCUGGUGAUCUUGGAGCAGUUCCUGGCUGUCCUUCCAGCGGAGAUGGAGAGCUGGGUGAGGGAAUGCGGAGCAGAGACCAGUUCCCAGGCAGUGGCCCUGGCCGAAGGUUUCCUCCUGAGUCAGGCGGAGGAGAGGAAGCAGGCGGAGAAGCAGGUGAGAGAGACUUUCCUCUGGAUGCUCCCAAGGGGCUCCAAAUAGGAGGGAGCGGGUCCCUAAAUCUCAUCCUUUUUCGGAAACAUCCAGGGAAGGAUAUCAGAUGCUGCUAAAGUUUUUGCCUCUGCCAUUCCUAUUCUGAUUCUUUUCCCCGUCUCUGUUUUGAAUCCUUGUUGCUGUUUCAGGGAAAGGAUCCAUUUGCUGAAUUGUGUCCUGAUUCCUCUGAAGUAGAGAAGUCUCUGUUGGACACCAGAGAUAAGCCACUGGGUAAGAAGGAAGGAGUAUUUUCUCAGUUUGGUCCCAUUCUGUUGGUGUUGAAAGUAAUCUAGUGGUUCUUUUGAUCUUUUUGGGGAAGACACUUGAGGCCCUGAGCCCAGAGGAGCCUGAUAAAUAAUUUUGCACAAUUAAAUCUGAAAUAGGUACAGGGGAGUAUUUCUUAAUCUGUAGUUGCACUGCUUCAGCUCUGAGAGAAGCAUCCUGCACUCCCGUCUCCCCACUUCCCUUUGUCUCUCGCAGGUGAAAAAAGGAUGCCGGCAAGACCUCCUCCUCCAUCUCUUCAUCCUGGUGGAGGGGAAGCAGCGGCUGAGGAACCGGAUCAGGUGCGGGGAAGGAGCCUCGCGGGGAAAGAGGCGGGGGGGAGGGGGAGACAGGGCGUUUCUGAGACAGAACAAGUUUCUCUGCACCUCUUUGCUUCUGUCACAGCAGCUCUUCAGAAAAUGCCAUCCCAUAAUGUUUAUCUGCUGAGAAUAAGGAACAGUCACCUCACCUUAGAAUGACACUAGUGUUAUUUCUCAGUCCUUGCAGUUUCGUUUUUUAUAUUUAUCACUGGGCACUAAAAUCGGCUUCUCAGCAGCUAGCAAGCCAUCUAAUACGGUGGUGCCGACCCACUGCUUAAAGGCCUGAUUGCCUCUGUUCUGAAUGCAGGGCAGCAGGGAACCAAGGACCUGAGGCAAGUCAGGACCCUUGGGAACAACAACAACAAUGCGAGGGAUAACGCAUCGAAGAACUCGGACUUAUCCGAUGUUUUGCAUUGGAUCUGCUCCACCCCUAGGCUGAAGUCAGCGGACGAGUGAGAGGAGCCCAGCUGUGAACUUGGGUGGCCAGACAGAACAUGACUCCCUCCCUCCAGCAAGCGGGGGGAUGGAUCUCAACGCCCACGGGUUGACGCAGAAAUCAUUUUUGAGGCCUCAAAAUUCAAAGUUCAUCAUGCACAAUUGGCCAAAUGCUUGCUCUGACCUUGAGGGACUCUAAUAACAUACACUGCAAGCAGCGUGACUGUGCCCUGGUUUUACAAUGGGACCUAAGUUGUGAUGGAUGUGUCUCUAUUUAGCUCCUUACGGGAGCUCUAUCUGUAGGGCUAUGUAGGCUCUUAGCCACGAGAUUAAGCGAGAACAGAAAUAUAGCAAUUAUAACUGGUUAUUUACCGUUUUUACCUUUAUAAGAGAACAAAUGAGAUGUUCCCGGUAAGUUCUGACACCUCCUUUUCUGAAAAAUAGCACUGCCGACACACAUGGUGGGUGUGUCCAGAAAUACAUGAGUUCUGGCAAAAGGUUUUUGCAAAGAUUUCUUUGAUCACAAGACAGACAGAACCUGUGACCCCAGGACUGGCUUUGCUUAACCUGUACAGUCAGAAAACAAAGAAUUUAUAACUCAUCUGGUAACCACGACAAGAAUGACCAUUGCCUGAACAUGGAAUACACUGCAAAUAUGGACCUUUUUAUUUCCUCUUAGGGUCUAGUGUGCUUUGAAGAUGUCACUGUUUGUUUCACGGAGGAGGAGUGGGUGUUGCUGGAUCCUGACCAGAGAGCUCUGCAUAAGGAGGUUACAGAGGAGAAUCGUGGUAUCCUGGCCUCUCUCAGUAAGGCUCCUAGUUGGAUCACGAGAUCUGUUCUGAAAUUCCAAACAUAUAUCUCUAUUGUGAGGGAGCUCAGUAGCGCUGCCUUCAGCAGCUGGGCUUCCAACAAGUCACCUUGAAUGGAGGACUGUUUGGUCUGGGAAUGUACUUCCUCCAAUUACGCCUUUCUAAACAGAGAUCUUAAUUGUCAGGGGUCCCUUUACCUUAAACAGAGAUCAGGCUGGUCUGAACUGCCCAAACCUUUUAAAAGGAGGCUUCAUUCUUAUAAAAGGUAAAGGACCCCUGACCCUUAAGUCCAGUCGCGGAUGACUCUGGGGUUGCAGUGCUCAUCUUGCUUUACUGGCCAAGGGAGCUGGUGUUUGUCCGCAGACAGCUUCCGGGUCAUGUGGCCAGCAUGACUAAGCCGCUUCUGGCGAAACCAGAGCAGCGCACGGAAAUGCCAUUUACCUUCCCGCCAGAGCAGUACCUAUUUAUCUACUUGCACUUUGACGUGCUUUCGAACUGCUAGGUUGGCAGGAGCUGGGACUGAGCAACGGCAGCUCACCCUGUUGUGGGGAUUCGAACCGCUGACCUUCUGAUCGGCAAGCCCUGGGCUCAGUGGUUUAGACCACAGCACCACCCCCAUCCCUUCAUUCAUAUAUAUAUAUAUAUAUAUAUAUAUAUAUAUAUAUAUUCAUUUUUACAUUCUACAAUGUUUCAACAACAUUUAAAUUUAAACAAAUUCAGCCUACAUUUUCUGCCACUUCCCUCCCACCCCCAACUCUGGGGUUCCUUAUUUGAUAUUCUAUUCUUACUGCAUAAUCAAUUCAAAUCUAUUUGCAAAUGUAUCCUUAUACUUCCUUUAACUUACUUCUAAUUGCUCAUAUUUAUGUCAAUCCUGCUAACGUUUUCAAUUGAUCUUUAUAUAUUCAGCAAAAUUUCCCCAUUCUGUUAAAAAUAAGUAUCUCACGUUGAUCUCUUAUUCUUCUGGCAAGUUUCGCAAUCUCACCAUGUUACGUCAGUUUUACUUGCCAGUCGUCUUUUGUUGGUACUGCUUUUUCUUUCCAUCUUUGGGUGUAUACCAUUCAGGCAGCUGUGGUAGCAUACAUAUACAGGUUUUUUCCUGAUAUUUGGGUACUGUAAUGAGUAUGGGUUGCUCGUGCGUACGUUGCCACCUCUCCUGGCUAUGUUGCCUUGUUAAACCUUUCUGUCUGGACAGCCCUUCACUUCGUGGUGUCCGGUGAAGAGUCUAGCCCUUCACUUCGUGGUGUCCGGUGAAGAGUCUUGGAGCCCUCUUGCCGAUUCCCCCAUCAGCCCCUCCUUAUUCCUGGUGUUGCGCUGAAUUGCUUCCCCAUCUGCUGAGCUGCCUCUCUCCCUGCUGGGCCCUUCUCCAGCAUCAUUUGAGAGCCUUCCCUCCGCCUCUAGCUCCGAUGUCAGUUCCCUGACAUCCACCUCCCCCCCAGGACCCCCUCCACCCCCGGCCCAACCUGUUGACCCAUCUUCGUCCCUUUCUUCGGCCGACGAUGCGGGGAACCCCCGGAAGGAGCUGUCGUCAUCCUCUGAGGAUUCAAAACCCGCUUCCCCCCGCUCUGAUCCCUUCCCUCGGGGUGGACCUCCCAGUCUGAUUCUUCUUCCUCCGAAGCCUCUUCUCCCUCCCCUUCGGAGGCAGAAAACCCCACAAAAUCCUCUUCAUCGUCUGUGGUUCCAAAUUGCUCCUCCCAGAAUCUCGCUAGUGGUUUGGGUUUGUCCGGGAACAGGCGGUGAAAUUCCUCCACCAGAUACCCGUCAGUGAUUGCUUCCGCGGGAACCCACAUGUUUUCCGACCCGGGUUCUCCCUCCCAAGCCACCAAGUACUCCACCUGGCGUCCUCGCCACCUUGAAUCAAGUAUUUCCGUGGCCAAAUUGCGGUGCUCCCUCUCUUCUACCUGCGGGUGUGUGGUGACUUCCCCCUCUCACCCCAGGAACCCCCGUCCUUCCCUGUACGGUGAGAGUAGGGACCUAUGGAAUACCGGGUGUAUCUUCAUGCUGUCAGGCAAUUCGAGCUUGAAUGCCACGGGGUUCACCUGCUGUGUUACCUCAAACGGUCCCAGACGCCUGGGCUGCAACUUCUUGCACCCCUCCUUAAAAGGUAAUCCAUGGGUUGACAACCACACCCGAUCUCCCACCCGUAUGGUCUCCCCUUCCCUACGGCGCUUGUCUGCCUGCCUCUUGUAAAUUUCCUUGGCCCGCUCCAAGUUCAUCUUAAGUUGCUGGUGCAGGGCUUCCAUUUCUUCCACAAACUGCUCUGCCGCCGGUACGCUCCAACCUUCCUCCCCACUCCCCGGGAAGGCCCUGGGGUGACACCCAUAAUUGGCCAUGAACGGGCUCAUUCCCGUGGACACAUGUUCAGCGUUAUUGUACACAAAUUCAGCCAGCGCUAGUUUCUCUACCCAAUCGUUCUGCCUCUCACUGACGUAGCAGCGUAGGUAUUGCUGGAGUAUACUGUUCGCUCUUUCUGCUUGCCCGUUGGUUUCCGGGUGUCUCGCCGUUGAGAAGCCCACUUCGACCUGCAGCAAGCUCAUGAGCUUCCUCCAGAAACGGGAAGUAAAUUGUUUCCCGCGGUUGGAGAUAACCCUCGAAGGAGCCCCAUGCAACCUGAAGAUGUGAUCUACAAACAACCUGGCUGUUUCCUCUGCCGUGACCGCAUGUGAGCAAGCUAUAAAAUGGCACAUUUUUGUUAGUAGAUCGACCACUACCAUGACCGCUGUCUUCCCCCGGGACUUGGGCAAAUCGGUCAUAAAAUCAAUGGACACCACCUCCCACGGUUUCCCCGGCAUGAGUAAGGGUUCCAGUAAUCCUGCGGGGGCAGCCCGCUCCCCCUUUGCCCUUUGGCAGCGGUCGCACCCCCGUACAUAUUCCCGUACAUCCUCCCUCACCCUGGGCCACCAGAACUGCCUGGUGACGAGCAUCAUGGUUUUGUGCUGUCCAAAGUGCCCAGCUGUAGGGUUGUUGUGGAGUUGUUUGAGUACCUUCCCCCGUAGGGUCUCCCCCGGUACAUACAGCGCCCCCUUAUAGUACAGCACCCCUUCCUUCUCCUCAAACCCUCCUUGGGUUUCUCUACCGUCUCGGAGUUCCCGGAUUUUAGUUUGUGCGAACACAAGGUUCCCUCACACACCCAUCGGUCCUCGGGGAUCACGUGUCGUAUCUCUGGCGGCCCCUCUCCUUCCAAGUACUCCGGCUUCCGGGAGAGAGCAUCUGCUCUUACGUUUUCCUCUCCCAGCACGUAUCGGAUCUCGAAGGAAAACUUGGAGAACUCCCGUGCCCAUCGAAUCUGUCUUUGGUUGAGCACUCGUGCGGUCCUCCAGUAUUCCAAGUUCUUGUGAUCUGUGCAAACCUGGAUCUUGUGCUGCGCCCCUAUUAGUAGAUGUCGCCAUCGACGAAACGCCGCAUAGAUCGCAAGCUGUUCGCGGUCAUACACCGUAUAGUUUUGCUCCGACUUGUUCAGCUUUCUCAAGAAGAAGGCACACGGUCUCCAUUCCUGCUUGCUCCUCCCUGGCUGCAAAAGAACCGCCCCAAUGGCUCUGUCGGACGCGUCGGUCUCUAGCCUCAUGGGUUUCUCCAGAUCCACGUGCAGGAGCUGCUCUUCCGAUGCGAACGCCUUUUUCAGUUUUUCAAAGGAUUGCUGGGCCUCCUCUGUCCAGACGAACUUCCUUUUGCUACUGAGACAAUCUGUGAUGGGUGCUGUCAAGUGGGCGAAGUUCUUGAUGAACUUCCUGUAGAAGUUGCUGAACCCUAGGAACCUCGGCACGUCCUUCUGGGUUUUGGGAGCCUUCCACUCCAGCACUGCCUGCACCUUGCUUGGGUCCAUCGCUAAGCCUUUGUCUGACAACUUGUACCCCAGAAACUCGACUUCUCUGGCGUGAAACUGACAUUUUUCCAGCUUGACCCACAACUGGUGCUUCUGCAGUCGUUUUAGCACUUCCCUGACGUCUCUGACAUGUUGCUCCUCAUUGUCCGAAUAGAUUAAGACGUCGUCCAAGAAGGCUACGCAGUUCUUGUACAACAGGGACCCCAACACGUGGUGCAUGAAAGCUUGAAAACCGGCGGAGCCCGACUAAUCCAAAAGGCAUAACUAGGUACUCAAAGGCCCCCAGGGGUGUGAACAUUGUGGUCUUCCAUUCGUCCCCCUCCCUCAUCCUAAUCAAGUUGUAUGCUCCCCUGAGAUCAAGCUUGGUAAAAAAUUUUCCCUGCCUCACCCGUGUUAAAAUGUCGUCAAUCCUGGGCAUUGGGAAGGUCACUGGUUCCGAUACCAAAUUGACCCCCCUAUAGUCCACAACGAGCCUGGGUUGAUUAGUGUCCUUUUUGUCCACAAAGAACACUGGACUGCCCCCUACCGCUUUUGAUUCUCUUAUGAAGCCUCUUUUCAGGUUCUUGUCAAUAAAUUCCCGCAGCUCCUUCAUCUCCUUGUCCGACAUGGCAUACAGUUUACCCACCGGUAGCUGAGCCCCUGGGAGCAAGUUGAUUUGGCAGUCAAAGGGCCUAUGUGGGGGUAGUCUAUCUGCCUCCUUCUCGCUGAAGACCUCCUGCAGGUCAGCAUAUUGUGGUGGCACCUCCCCUUUUGGCUCCACAGCUAUCCCAGCCACCCUGGCCACGGUCAUUCUUGGGGUUUCCCCCCCUAGACAGUGUUCCAAGCAGUAAGCGGACCCAAAGGUGACCGUUCUCUGAUGCCAUGCCACCACUGGAUCAUGUUGUGCUAGCCAGCUCAUCCCUAAUAUUAUUGGGAGCCCUGCCAGUGAGGCUACGUGAAAGGCGAUGGUCUCCGUGUGCCUGGAAACCCUCAUUCUCAUUGGUGGGGUCUGGUGCGUCACUUCCCCUCCCAGAAGCUCCCUGCCAUCAAUGGUGGUUACUUGCAAGGGGAAAGCCAGGGGCAGCAGGUGGAGCUGGUGCUCUAGUGCAAAGUCCUUGCUGAAGAAAUUGCAGGAACUGCCUGAAUCCAACAGCCCUUUCACCUUGACUGGGUGCCCAUUUGGGAGUUCUAGCACCACUUCUAUGGCUAUAGCCGCCCUGGGGGGGUCUGGUUGGGGCACUUCUCUUGGUUGCUGGCCUGGCUGCUGUGCCCGCUGAGUGGCAGCCAAGCGUUGGCGUUUCCCUGCUCCUGCCCCUUUACCAUCUCCUCCUCACCCCCUGCAGCUCCCACCAUCCCUUGCCAGGCCUUUCUUUGCGGGCAGACCCUGGCAAAAUGUCCUGGUCACUGGCAGAGAAAACACUUCUUGGUGGUUUUCCCAUCCUUUCCCUCCCUCUUGCGACCUUCACUUGAGUUCGAAAUCUCCCGCGCGCGCGCCCCAUCUAUUUCCAUUGGCUCUGCCGGCGGGGAAGGCUGCCUUGGUAUUUCAGGAAUGCGGUAGUCAUGGUAACGUUGCUCUCUCCCUUCCCGCUUCUCCUGGGCCCGCGCUUCCUGCCUUACACCAAUCGCAAGCACAGCCUUGGUCAGCUGAUCCAUCGACUGCGGGCGGGGUGCGCGGGAAAGCUCGUCCUUCACCGUUGGGGACAACCCCUCCUCGAACAGCAUUUGAAUGGGUUCAGGGUCCAAUUCCCACCCGAGCCGGUGGACUAACAUGGCAAAGCGUGACCAGUAGUCUCUAACUGACUGGUUCCCCUGUUUGCAGCCCAUCAGUUCCCGCCGAGUCACACUUUGCUGUACAUCACUGGAAUACAUCGCAUCCAUCGCCUGGAAGAAUUUCCUCAGGUCUUUCAAGGCGGCAUUCUGCGUUGCCAUUAGCGGCCUGAUCCAUUCUCUGGCCCCAUCCUGCAGAUGUCCGACAAUAUAGGCAACCCUCUCCCCAUCGUCUGCAAAAUCAUUCUGUUGCAGUUCCAAAGCGUACUCUAUUUCCAUUCGGAACGCACUGUAGUCCUGGGGUUUCCCUCCAAACUUGUGUACCAGUCCCGGUACCUUCCUUGCUACGGGGGUGGGUCUGACCUGAGCAUCCUGAGCCCGCCUUUCGUCCAGCCGCGCCGUCAGAAGAGCCACAUGCUGUUCCAAAUCUCGGUUCCUCUCCACCAGAUUUUGCACUCCAGCUGCUCCCUCCGUGGCGCCAGCUUCUCCGGUCUUGCUCAUGAUGCUGCCUGCCUGUCGCUGUGCACGAGCGACGUCAGGGACUGACGGAUUGCUGUAAUGAGUAUGGGUUGCUCGUGCGUAAGUUGCCGCCUCUCCUGGCUAUAUUGCCUUGUUAAACGUUUCUGUCUGGACAGCCCUUCACUUCGUGGCUGCCUCUGUCGCUAGCAGAAUCCGUCAGUGGGCGUUUCUUAAACCUCUUCCAACAUAAAAGUUGUUUGACACCCAGUCUCCUCCUACUCUCCCUGCGUGGACGUCUUCUGCGCAGGGAGGGCGUGGGUAGCGGAGGACCCGUGCUCUCCCCGCUGGUGUCCGGUGAAGAGUCCUGGAGCCCUCUCGCCGAUUCCCCCAUCUGCCCCUCCUUAUUCCUGGUGUUGCGCUGAAUUGCUUCCCCAUCUGCUGAGCUGCCUCUCUCCCUCCUGGGCCCUUCUCCAGCAUCAUUUGAGAGCCUUCCCUCCGCCUCUAGCUCCGAGGUCAGUUCCCUGACAGGUACCUUCCUCCCAUUAUACCUGAAAGGGAAGCUUCCGGGUUUUUAACAAAGAUUAUUUUCAGCAUUUUUUUCAACUCGUUAUAAAUCAUUUCCCCGAAGAUUUUUACUAUCUUACACGAACAUGUGAAAAAGGUACCUUCCUUCACUUGACAUUCCCAGCAGGCAUUGGAUUUGGUCUUGUACAUUUUAGCUAAGUUACUAGGAGUCAAAUACCAUCUAUACAUCAUUUUCUUUUAACUCAUAACAUGCUGUAAAUUUCAAUUCUCCAUUCCACAAUCUUUCCCAUGCUGCCAUUUUAAUGUUAUAUCAUAUAUCCGCUGCUCAAUGUAUCAUCAGCGAUUUGACCUGUUCGUGUUUUCUCUACCAUUCUAAUAAUAUUUUGCCAUUAUGGUUUCUAUUUCCCAGCAAGUUUUUACAUUUAUCCCAAACUAUAUAUAUGUUUUUCCUAAUAACAUGAUUCAUGAAAGCUUUAUGCCUUUCAGCUUUUCCAUCCCACAAAUAUGCGUACCAGCCCAAUUUAUGAUCAUGCUCUUCUAACUACAAAAUCUGAACAGUUCUCAAUGUUAACCACUCCUUUAACCAGUAAAGGCAUAAUAAACAGUGGUAACUUGGUUCUCAAAUGGCUUAGUCGCCAAACAAAUCAGCUACCGAACGCUGCAAACCCGGAAGUGUUCCAGUUUGCGAACAUUUUUCAGAAGCCAAACGUUCGACGUGGCUUCUGCUUGAGUGCAGAAAGCGCCUGCAGCCAAUCGGAAGCUGAACCUUGGUUUUCGAACACUGGGAACUCCAUUUCUUUCUUAGGCUCUGAUCUGUUCCUCUCUUUGCUGCAGGUGGUGAUGAAUUAGAAAUUAAGAACCAGCGAAUCCAUGACAAAAUCCACGCAGUGGAGAACCCAUAUCAAUAUGUAGAGUGUGGAGAGAGCUCUCAUUCCUCAUCCCAUCCAAGAAAUCCCGUUGGGAAGAAAACGUAUCAGUGCUUGGAAUGUGGGAAGAGCUUCCACCAGAGGUCCCAUCUCACGGCCCAUCAAAGAAUUCACACAGGGGAGAAACCCUAUCAGUGCUUGGAAUGUGGAAAGAGCUUCAACAUGAAACAAAAUCUCACUACCCAUCAAAGAAUUCAUAAAGGAGAGAAACCUUAUCAGUGCUUGGAAUGCGGGAAACGCUUCAGUACAAAGGCCUAUGUCACUUCCCAUCAAAAAAUCCAUACAAGGGAGAAACCAUAUAAGUGCUGGGAAUGUGGAAAGAGCUUUGACUGGAAAUAUAAUCUCACUUCCCAUCAAAGAAUUCAUACAAAACCUUUUCAGUGCUUGGAAUGUGGAAAGAGCUUCAGUGAAAGCAUCAAACUCACUGCCCAUCAAAUAAUUCAUACAGGGGAGAAACCAUUUCAGUGCUUGGAAUGUGGAAAGCGCUUCUCUCGGAGUGACUCUUUCACUUUCCACCAAAGAACUCAUACAGGGGAGAAACCCUAUCAGUGCUUGGAAUGUGGAAUGAGAUUCACUCAGAAAGGAAGUCUCACUUCCCAUCAAAGAACUCAUUCCUGGGUGAGCCCACACAAAUGCUUGGAAUGUGGAAGGACUUUUAGUCAGGACUCUUAUCUCAUUUCCCAUCAAAUAAUUCAUACAAUGGAGAGACCGUAUAAAUGCUUGGAAUGUGGAAAGAGUUUUAGUCAGGAGUCCUUUCUCACUUCCCAUCAAAGAACUCACAGCAGGGAGAAUCAGAUUCCCCAAGAAUCAUUGGAUUGUUGCAUUGGAUUGGACGGUGAGAGUCGUCUUCUCCAACCCCCUGCAAUGAAGGAUAUUCAACAAAAGAAUUCAUAACAGAUGGCCACCCAACCUUUUCUUAAAAUCCUUCAAUUCAAGAAUAGUCCUGUACUUGUUUGUUCCACAGUCAAACAGUUCUUGCUGUCAGAAAGUUCUUCCUGAUGUUUCAUCAGAUUUUCCUUACUUGUAUCUUGAAUGCAUUGGUUUGGGUCCUCCUUACACCAGAACAGGAAGAAGCAAGUUUGCUCAAUCUUCUAUGGCACAACCCUUUAGAUAUUGUAAGAUGUCUAUCACAUCUCCUUCUCCAUCUCCUUUUCUCCAUAAUAAACAUCCCAGCUCCCUCAACCGUUACUCCAAAGUCUUGGUUUCCAGAACCUUGAUCCCCUUGGUCUCCCUCCUCUGCACCCAUUCCAGCUUGUCAGGGAUGAAGCAGAUCCAGAACUCUAGUUCAAAAGGUUUGGCCCCAGAAGCAUCAAAGCCAUUGUGGAGACAGAAUGUGUACAACACAACAUUCCUGCAUUGCGGGGGGUUGGAGUGGAAGACCCUUGGGGUUCCUGCCAACUGUAUGAGUCUAUGAUUCUGUGUUGAUGCAGCCUAGAAUGGCAUCAGCUUUUUAUUUUGCUGCUGCAUCUCACUGUUGACUCACUACAAGCUUGUGGCCUACUGAGAGCCCUUGAUCAUUUUCCAAUACAGUGGUACCUCGGGUUAAGAACUUAAUUCGUUCUAGAAGUCUGUUCUUAACCUGAAACUGUUCUUAACCUGAGGUACCACUUUAGCUAAUGGGGCCUCCCGCUGCUGCCGCUGCACGAUUUCUGUUCUCAUCUUGAAGCAAAGUUCUUAACCUGAGGUAAUAUUUCUGGGUAAGCAGAGUCUGUAACCUGAAGCGUCUGUAACUCAAGGUACCACUGUAUAUGAAUGUUAUUCCUUCCUAUGUGCAGAACCUGAUAUUUGUCCCUACUGAAAUUCAUUUAUUGCAUUCAAAUAUCCCCUUUCCCCCCAAGGUUCUCCCCCUCUUCUUUUAAUACUAACAAUAACCUUGUGAGGUUGGUCAGAAUGUGAAGCAGUGCCUGGUCCCCAAGGACACCUGGUGAGCAUCAGGGCCGAGCAGGAAUUUGAACCCAGGUCUGCCAAGUCAUACUCUGACACUCUAACCACUAUACCACACUAGCUCUGUCAUAAGACUCAGAAAUUGUGCAUUCAUGCGCUUCUGCUUCAUGUUUAGGCACAGUGUUCCGGUCCUUGUACUUAAAAGUUCUGUACACAUGUAUCAAAACAAUAAUAUAGUGGUGCAUUUAAGGUACUGUUAGCUAGGGGGGCAGAAAGGGUGAGUAACCAUCUACAGUGGUACCUUGGUUCUCAAACUUUAUCCGCUCUGGAAGUCCAUUCCCAAACCAAAGCAUUCCAAAACCAAGAUGCGCUUUCCCAUAGAAAGUAAUGCAAAGUGGAUUAAUCCAUUUCAGACUUUUAAAAACAACCCCUAAAACACACACAAAAAAGCCGCAAAAAUAAAUAGCAAAAACAGGACAGACCUCAGCAUAACACUCAAAAUGAAACUGGGGAACUCAAAAUGGAAGUGGGGCACUCAAAUCAGAAGCGUAACGCUCGAAACAGAGCAUGUUUGGCUUCCGAAAGAUGUUCACAAACCGGAACACUUCCUUCCUUGUGGGUUCCAAGUUGUUUGAGGACCAAGGUGUUUGAGAACCAAGGUACCACUGUAUGUCUUUUCAAAUUUGUUUGUGGGAAGAUGGUUAUUCUUUUGUAUUGAUUCUUGCUUUUAUUAUGUAUUUUGUGUUUUUAUUUUGUAUUUUUAUGCUGUGAAGCACUCUGAGAUCUUCUGGUGAAAGUCAUUAUACGAAUGUAAUAAAUUAAAUGGCAAAGUAGUCAUAAACAAUAAAUAAAACUUUAGAAUACAAAACCAGACUGAAGAAUACCUGCCUAAAUCACGAGAAGUUCUAAAAUAUACAAAAACCUACAGCUACAACCCCACCCCCAAACCUGCUAAACCCAAGUCUCUGUUCAGCAGCCUCAGCUUUUGUAGCUGGAGUCAGUCUGGACUCUGCUAGGCCACAUAGGGAAAGGCCUGCAAGGCAGGAGAAGGUCUUAGAGGACUCACAGCCAGGAUGGUCUCUGUCCUCAUCCGCAGUCUCAGCUGCUGUAGCUGGAGUCCAUUUGUACAUCCAUCACCCUGGACCAAAGGAUUAAAAGGACAGAAAAGGAGACUCACAGCCAGGAUGAGGGGGCCGGGCCUCAGGCUGGUGGAGAAAGCCUGCAAGGAAACAGUUGGAGGUUGAACUCAGUACUAUGGGAAUACCCUUGUAAUAUCCAUUUUUACAAUAGUAAUAAAGUAAGAAAAGAAAGGAAAAAAACCUGGAAGAUUUGAAACCAUACACUUAUGUUAGGGUUGCCAUAUUUCAAAAAGUAAAAUCCAGGACACCCUGAAAGCUGUUGAGCAAUUUUUAGGAAGACCCUAACAUUGUUGUGCUUUUUAAAGGACACCUCCCCUCAUUUUAUGACAAUGCCAAAAUAACAUGAUUUUUUUAUUGAUUUAGCUAAGCUCCAGGAAAAUCUGGACUUAUGGCAGCCCUAACUUAUCUAGACCAAGUUAUUUUGAGCUAUCAAACUUUUAAAUACAUCAGUUGUACUCCAUCUCACACCUCAUUCUUUGCUACGUUGGGGGUGAAGUGUUCAGGUCAGAGUUCUGGGGUGGCAGUGGGAAUAAAGGGGUGUUUGGUGAAAGGCCCAGCUGUGCCCCUUGAAUGCAGAGGGAAGAGGGAGCAGGAGGGGGUGGGCGCAACAUGGGGAGAGAAACAACCUCCGCAUGGUACAUUCUGAAGCGUUUUUCAAAGUGCUUCAUAAAAAGAAACUUCUAUAACAUUCCUAUAAGGUAGUCCAGUAGUGUAGUGGUUCUAGGGGUUGCUCGUGCGUAAGCAGGUGCAAACACCUGGCUGGGUUGCCUGAGUGAACCUUUUCUGUCCGGACAGCCACUCACCCGUGGCUGUCUCAAUCGCUGUCUCAAUCCGUCAGUGGGCGUUUCUUAAACUUCUUCCAGCAAAGCAGCUCUUUGAUGCCUAGUCUCCUCCUACUCUCUCUGCGCGAAAGCCUUCUGCGCAAGGAGGGCGUAGGCAGCGGAGGACCUCUACUCUCCCCGCUGGUCCCCGGCAAGGAGUCAUGGGACCGCCUCGCUGCUCCCCCCAUCUGCCCCCCUUCUCCACUGGUGUUACGCUGAUUCUCUUCCCCAGAAGAUGGGCUGCCUCUCCCACUCCCGGGACGCUCUCCGGAAUCCCUCUGGAUUUUGCUCUCUCCCUCUGGCACUGAUGGCAGUUCCCUGACAAGUAGCAUAGGCACACCUUUCCUUAAACUUCAGUUGCUAAAAUGAGCUGUUACACUUCAGGUAAACAGAUGUUCCUGUUUCUAGACAAGGUGGGAAAAUGCUCAUUUCGGUUUCUGUUACUUUUCUCUCACUCCUUUCCUUCGUUAUGGAGGUGUGGCAGUUCAAUCCUUUUGACCCAGACCAGGUUCCUUUCCCUCAGCCUCCCUCUCUCACAGCAAUGCCCCUCCUGAGGCGUUUUACUUUGUGCGCCAGACCCAGGGGAUCCCUCGGCCCUCUUCUCCCCCCCCCCCGACUCAGCCCCUCUUCCUCUCUCCUUCUUCUGGCCCCCGAGAUUCUCCUCAGGCCAGAGCCACUUCUCCCUCAGACUCAGCCUCUCCUCCUCCUCCUCCCUUCCUCCCAUCUCAGCUCCAGCCUCAAAACUCCCUCAGAAAAGGCUCCUCAUCUUCCCGCCAAAAGGGCUGGCUCCGCCCCCGCCUCUGUCUGUCUGGAUAGCCAAUCAGAGAGAGAAGUUCCAGCCCCCUGGUGGCGUUUCUGAGGGACUGCAGCUCCAGACUCGGCCCGGCCUCAGCUGUCCAUCUCUCUCCCCCACCCCCGACCCACUGCUUAGUAUUGCCGCUUUCUGGAACUGCCUUGAAAGUGGGGCUGCUCUGAGGGGGCGCUGAGCUCUCAUUGCUGGGGCAGAAGGAAGGGGCAGGCAAAGAGAAGAAGAGAGACAAGAACCCGCGGAGGAAAUGGCUCGUGAAAUGUGGCCGCGAGAUUUGUUCCAAUGAGAUUUCAUCUGGGUCUUUCAGCCGGGUUAAGAGGAGCUGAGCUGGAUUCCUAGAGAGGACCAGAAAUGAAGGUGUCCAAGCCCCGCCCUCCCCAGCCCCUUCCUGUCAAGAGGCAGCUGUUGUCUCCUCGGAGGCGCCUCCGGCAUCGAGUGAGUCUCUCUUCUUGCCUGGGGUGCUUUGGGGGGAAGGGGAGGGUGCAGGGAGACCCCCCCAAAUCCGGGAGCAGAGGGUCCUCUCUGCAAAGAAUCCGGGGGGGGGGGUUGAAUUGAAUUUCAGAAUUCUAGGGUGGGGAGGGAACUACGAGAGUCACCUAGGCCAAAGAUGAGCAAUGCAGGAAUCGCCACUCAAAUGCUGGUCAGGAUACGGAUGAGCGAGACCCAUGGCUGCCUUUUGGAGUUCAUGGGGGGAAAGGUGGAUAGAAAUGCCGUGAAUAAAGAGAGGGAAACCAGCCCAUAAUUUGGUCCCUGCUUUCCAUCGCUUUCCGAGUCAUCUUCAAGCGCAGCUUCGCAUGGAGGGCAUUGCAAAUAUCCCACCAGAAGCAGAGCGUGGAGUCCCCUGGCCACAAAGGGACUGAGGCUGGCACACUAGUGGGAUGUUGAAGUGGACACUCAAGGGACUAUGUUGGAUCCAGAAGUACCCCACGCAGAUGUGGGGGUUGCGCUGUGUCACAUUAUGAAGGACACAGCCACCCUCCUGAAUUCCCAGGGCAAAUUCCCGGAUUAAAACACAACCUUGAAAACAGUUGCAAUCACAGAAAGAAGGUAGGUCCUACUUUACCUGCUUCUGGGUUCUGUCCUUGGGCCUCACCCACUUGGCCCUCAGGGCAUUUCCCAGAUGAGGAUCUGGCCCUCAGAACAAGGGAAAAAGGACCCCAUCUCAGUAGUUUGUCUUGAGGAGGUGGGAACUCCUCGCUAUAGCCUGGUUUCCAUGUUACACUUGGUAUGAAUGACUCACUUGUCAAUCGCCGUUCUGACUUUAUUCCUUGACUGCAAACACUGACAGGCAGGAUCUUUUUUUUUAAUGAUAUUUAUUAAGGUUUCAAAGGAGAAAAAAAAUUACAUAAAUAAAAAGAAAAGAAGAGAAGACAAAAAUAAAAAUAAAAAAAUACAAAAUACAGAAAAAAGAUAAAAAACAUUUAAAAAGAAAACACAUCAAUCUUUCCAUGUCAUAUAUUCAUAUCCUUGCUUCCCUGACCUCCUCACACCUCCCUUUUUUGUAUUCCAAUUCAGUUAGUUAAUUCAGCAAGUUAUUUCCCUCUUUGUUUUUAUCUUAAUCCUUUAACUUAAUAUAUUAUAACUUUGAGUUCUCACCUGUUAAUAAUCCAUUUUUCAUACACCUUUAUAACAUUGCUGCUUAAACCACUUAACUUCAUUCUGACAUCAUUCUAACAUUCAUUAAUUUUGCAAUAUUUCUGUAAAUAGUCUUUAAAUUUCUUCCAAUCUUCUUCCACCGACUCUUCUCCCUGGUCUCGGAUUAUGCCAGUCAUUUCCGCCAAUUCCAUGUAGUCCAUCACCUUCAUCUGCCAUUCUUCCAGAGUGGGUAGAUCUUGUGUCUUCCAAUACUUUGCAAUAAGUAUUCUUGCUGCUGUUGUGGCAUACAUAAAGAAAGUUCUAUCCUUCUUUGGCACCAUUUGGCCGACCAUGCCCAGGAGAAAGGCCUCUGGUUUCUUCAGAAAGGUAUAUUUAAAUACCCUUUUCAUUUCAUUAUAAAUUAUCUCCCAGAAAGCCUUAAUCCUUUGGCACGUCCACCAAAGGUGAAAGAAUGUACCUUCAGUUUCCUUAAGGCAGGAUUCAUUUCACAGAAAUCCCUUCACUUCCCUGCACAUCUGGGAUGGUCAUUUUCCUUCUAGGAGGGCAAGAGCAUUACUUCUCCUUUCUCUUCUUAAGCAAAGCUCAAAGUCCGGCCAGUGCUGCAGUCCAGCCUUGGUUCCUAGCGAGACUCAUCCUCGCUUGCUCAGGGAAUAUUUUUCUCCUCUUGUCCGUAUUGUGAUUUUAUAACAGAACAAGGUUUUUUCUUUGUUGGAUUUUCUAGCGCCUCUAAUUUGGACGAACAGAACUUGGCAGAGGACCAAGGGGAUCCUUCCUGUCUCUUGGAGGCUUCCCGAGAGCGAAGAUGGAUGAGUAAGACUCAGCUGGCCUUGAAGCAGGAAGACGCCAGGCCAUGGAAACGGGGAGCAGUGCAGGAUUCUGGGAAAGCUCUGUGCAGAAGAUCCUGGGUGAGGAGGACACCCUUCGCUCAGAGGUGCAGAGCCGGCAGUUCAGCUGGUUCUGCUAUCUGCAAGUCAAAGGACCCCGUGAGGUUUGCAGCCGACUCCACCACCUUUGCCGCCAGUGGCUGAAGCCAGAAAGGCACACGAAAGCUGAGAUGCUGGACCUGGUGAUCUUGGAGCAGUUCCUGGCUGUCCUUCCAGCGGAGAUGGAGAGCUGGGUGAGGGAAUGCGGAGCGGAGACCAGUUCCCAGGCAGUGGCCCUGGCCGAAGGUUUCCUCCUGAGUCAGGCGGAGGAGAGGAAGCAGGCGGAGAAGCAGGUGAGAGAGACUUUCCUCUGGAUGCUCCCAAGGGGCUCCAAACAGGAGGGAGAAGAUCCCUAAAUCCCAUCCUUUUUUUGGAAUGACUUUGGAUACCCCUCAAGUUUUUGCCCCAGCCAUUCCUUCUCAAUCCCUUUGCCACAUUCUCUAUUACAAAUUCUUGUUGCUUUUUCAGGAAAGGGGUCUGUCGGCAGAAAUGGGUCCUGAUUCCUCUGAGGCAGAGAGGACUUCAUUGGACACCAGAGAGAGGCUGCUGGGUAAGGAGGAAGGAGUUUUUCCUCUGUGUGGUCACAUUCUGGCAAUUCUCAAACUAAUCUGCGGGUUCAUUCAAUAUUUUGGGGAAGACACUUGGGCCAAGAACCCAAAGGAGAGAUGUACUUUAGCAUAACUAAAAUAUGAAAUGGGGACAAACUCCCAAAUGCACCUCUGAGAGAAGCAUCCUGCACUCCUGUCUCCCCACUUCCCUUUGUCUCUCACAGGUGAAAGAAGGAUGCCGGCAAGACCUCCUCCUCCAUCUCUUCAUCCUGGUGGAGGGGAAGCAGCAGCUGAGGAACCGGAUCAGGUGCGGGGAAGGAGCCUUGGGGGGGGGGGGAAGAAUGAGGGGGGACAGGGGAUUCUUAGACAGAACAAAUCUCUCCCCUCCUCUUGUCACUAGAAUUAUUCAUUAUAAAUUGUCUUUAGGACAUCUGGAGAGUCUUUCCAUCCCAGAGCAACACGCAGGGAGAGGAGAGAGGAAUUUUUCCAUUUGGCAAACUGAAAAGCUUGCACAGACAAAUUGAUUUGAAUAAAACAAUGUGGAGUUCCACCCAUUUUCACUAAGAUUCAUACCCAUCAUUAAAAUACACUAUGAAAGAACUCCAUUAAAGCUUUAAAAUAAGCAUAAAUAAUCAGAAUGUGUGGCAGAUCAAUCUGUUUUAAACAAUCCAGGCACGAAGCAAAAGAGCAACGUGCAGGAAAUGAUUUUUAUGCUGCCUAAGAGAAGGAUAUUAUUCUUUCAGAACUCAGGUUCUUUUGAAGAUGUUGCUGUUUGUUUUACGGCUGAGGAGUGGGCGUUGCUGGAUCCUGCCCAGAGAGCUCUGCAUAAGGAGGUUACAGAGGAGAAUCGUGGUAUCCUGGCCUCUCUCAGUAAGGCUCCUAGUUGGAUCAUGAGAUCUGUUUUGCAAUUCCAUACAUAUAUCUCUAUUGUGAUGGAACUCAAUAGCGCUGCCUUCAGCAGCUGGGCUUCCAACAAGUCACCUUGAAUGGAGGACUGUUUGGUCUGGGAAUAUACUUCCUCCAAUUGUGCCUUUCUAAACAGAGAUCUUAAUUGUCAGGAGUCCCUUUACCUUAAACAGAGAUCAGGCUGGUCUGAACUGCCCAAACCUUUUAAAAGGAGGCUUCAUUCUUAUAAAAGGUAAAGGGAGCCUUUUUUAAUUGCCAAUCUUCUUUUGUUGGUACUGCUUUUUCUUUCCAUCUUUGGGCCUAUACCGUUCAGGCAGCUGUGGUAGCAUACAUAAACAGGUUUCCCCCCUCAUCUUUGCGUACCUUCUCCCUCUUAUACCUGAAAGGGAAGCUUCCAGUUUUUAAAAAAGGUUAUUUUCACCAUUUUUUUCAACUCAUUAUAAAUCAUUUCCCCAAAGACUUUUACUAUUUUACAAGAACACAACAUGUGAAAAAGGUACCUUCCUUCACUUGACAUUCCCAGUAGGCAUUUGAUUUGGUCUUGUACAUUUUAGCUAAGUUACUAGGAGUCAAAUGCCAUUGAUACAUCAUUUUCCUAUAGUGUUCUUUUAACUCAUAACAUGCUGUAAAUUUCAGUUCUCCAUUCCACAAUAUUUCCCAUGCUGCCAUUUCAAUGUUAUAUCAUAUAUCCAUUGCUCAAUGUAUCAUCAGUGAUUUGACCUGUUUGUCUUUCUGGGUCACCUUCAAUGGUAGCCCCACAUAGAGCGCAUUGCAGUAGUCUAAGCGAGAGAUAACUAGAGCAUGCACCGCUCUGGCCAGACAGUACACAGGCGGGCAGGUAGGGUCUCAGCCUGCGUACCAGAUGGAGCUGAUAAACAGCUGCCCUGGACACAGAAUUAACCUGCACCUCCAUGGAAAGCUGAGAAUCCAAAAUGACUCCCAGGCUGCGCACCUGGUCCUUCAGGGGCACAGUUAGCCCAUUCAGGACCAGAGAGUCCUCCACACCCGCCCGCCUCCUGUCCCCCAAAAGAGUACUUCUGUCUUGUCAGGAUUCAACCUCAAUCUGUUAGCCGCCAACCAUCCUCCAACCGCCUCUAGACACUCACACAGGACCUUCACCGCCUUCACUGGUUCUGAUUUGAAAGAGAGGUAGAGCUGGGUGUCAUCUGCAUACUGAUGAACACCCAGCCCAAACCCCCUGAUGAUCUCUCCCAGCGGCUGCAUAUAGAUGUUGAAAAUCCGUAUCUCUUUGUUGCAGGUGGUGAUGAAUUAGAAAUUAAGAACCAGCGAAUCCAUGACAAAAUCCACACAGUGGAGAACCCCUAUCAAUAUGUGGAGUGUGGAGAGAGCUCUCAUUCUUCAUCCCAUACAAGAAGUCCUACUGGGAAGAAAAAGCAUCAGUGCUUGGAAUGUGGGAAGAGCUUCCGUCAGAGGGCCCAUCUCACGGCCCAUCAAAUGAGUCAUAAAGGAGAGAAACCUUAUCAGUGCUUGGAAUGUGGGAAGAGCUUCAGUAAGAAGGCCUAUGUCACUUCCCAUCAAAGAAUUCAUACAAGGGAGAAACCCUACCAGUGCUUGCACUGUGGGAAGAGCUUCAAUCAGAGGUCCCAUCUCACUAUCCAUGAGAGAAUUCAUACAAGGGAGAAACCAUAUCAGUGCUUGGAAUGUGGAAAGCGCUUCAGUCAGAGGUCCCAUCUCACUACCCAUCAAAUAAUUCAUACAGGGGAGAAACCGUUUCAGUGCUUGGAAUGCGGGAAGAGCUUCAGUUCAAAGGCCUAUGUAACUUCCCAUCAAAAAAUCCAUACAAGGGAGAAACCCUAUCAGUGCUUGCAUUGUGGAAAGAUUCACUCAGAAAGGAAGUCUCACUUCCCAUCAAAGAACUCAUAUCUGGGAGAGAGUCCACAUAAAUGCUUGGAAUGUGGAGAGAGUUUUAGUCAGGAGUCCUUUCUCACUUCCCAUCAAAGAACUCACAGCAGGGAGAAUCAGAAUCCCCUUGAAUCAUUGGAUUGUAUGGUGAGUCAUCUUCUCCAACCCCCUGCAGUGAAGGAUAUUCAACAAAAGAAUUCAUAA